GCUUCCAUUGCUUCGUUGUCAUUUCAUUUAUGACCCGCACCAAGCCGGUUCCUGCGCGUCGAUCUCCUGCUUAGUUUUCUAAUUUUUCAAUUUUUUGUAUCGAGUUAAGGACUUUUGUGUUUAUUUGCUCGUUCUCUGUGUUUUCAUGGUCCAAAUCUAUGUUUGAUUGUGAUUUACAAAGAUUUAUUUCGGGUUCGCUCAAAAGCGAAAGCGAAACCGCGUUUAAACUACGCAGCCAACUUUUAAAUAUAUAUUAGAUAUUUUAAAGAUACUUUAAAAAACGGAUUAACGACACUUGGACAUCGAUGCUGUGCCACAUGAAAUGGAAAGCCCUACUUUUUUGUAUUUCUGCUGCGAUUGUCAUUUUUCUGAUCAAGGCCGCCACGGUGCAGCCGAAGAAAGACUCAACAGAACCCCAUGCGAUGGCAAGAUCUCAACCAAGGCCGAAGAAAGACUCAACAGAAGACUAUGAGUAUGACUAUGUGGCAGGAUCUCAACCAGAGGCAGAAGAGGAUUUUCAAGGGCAGCCGAAGAAAGAAUCCCUUGCAUGGGCAAGAUCUCAACUAAAAAUGGAUCAGUUAACGUGUCCAAAGGCAGUUGAAGAAACAGUCGGGGGAAAUGUCACAUUGGAUUUCCACUUUAAAUCUCAACGAAAUGUGGCAGGAGAACUAAUCGAAUGGAAAUUCAACAACUCCAUCUAUGUCCUUGUUUAUAGAAGUAGAGGUGUUUCAGGCAGCAUUCAGGCAGACCAAUUCAAAUCCAGAGCAUCUCUUGAGAGCACCGAUAACAUCGCCAAAGGGAAACUUGCUGUGAAAAUAUCAUCACUCACAAACAUGGAUGCUGGAACAUACAGCUGCUUUGUUGGGCGUAAGACGGAACGAAGAUCCUGUAGUAUUCAACUUAUCAUAUCUAAUCAAAAAGUAAUAAUUCAAGACAUUAUCUCAACACCCAAACGUAAGUAAAUACUUUAAUUUAAUUUAAUUUUUUAAUAAAACUAUAUGACUGUACUGUUGUUAAACAUUGACAUUCUUAAGAAAUUUCUGAAAUUUUGCAUUUUUUUUGUUGAACUCUGAACUGCCCUGAGGGAAUGACACGGCAGCGUGGUAGGAGAUAAAUUAAAUUAAAUCACCACUACCCCCUAUGUCUGUAGCCCACUCAGCUCUCCAAAAAAUGGACUGGUUUUCCUUCUUCUUCAUCAUAGGCCUUCUAUAGCACGCUCAUCACCACACCUCUCUGCUGCUAAUCAACAAUUUCAUUCAAGUCCCUCGACAACCUCUGCUGUCCCCUGCCCUCUAAUUUCAAUGAAGUAGAUUUUGGUCUUUUGAAUAUCAUAUCCCUAAAUAACAACCCUAACCCUGUAACCCAACUCUGCCAUGAUUUUAUAACUUUUUUAUACAGACAUGGCUUUCUGACUGAGACUCAAGUCCUCCCAUGGAAGCGACACCCCUGGUUUUAAAGGGCAGUCAAAGAAGCAGGAGCCCCCUGCUUCUUCACCCAGAAUUUUAUUCUACUUAAUAGAAUAAGUCAUCACCUAGUGAUGGUUUUGGUCUUCUCCACUGUUCGUUUUAGAAGCGAUUUCAAGAUUUUACUGAUCACCUUAAAACACGUCUGGGUCUGGCUCCAGGUUACAUAGGACAGGGGUUCCCAAACUUUUCAGCCCGUGACCCCCGAAACAAUGGUACCAGUGAUUUGCGACGCCCACUGUUUAGCACAAUGCUAAUAGACCUUAGCUGAUGUUGUUGUUGCUGCUAAUGUCGAACCCCAUUGGAGACAUUGGAGAUAUGUUGACCACUUAUGAACCAGGCUGCAGCGGGAGAUCCUCAGCUACUUCAAAGUCAAGGCUUAAAUCUAAACGUAACAACUUGGCAGAGCUAAAGCUUGCAGAGUGGCUUAUUUUAAAUCACUUAAAACACAUUUUAGAUGCAAUUUUGUAAGAUAUACUUAUAUAUAUAAAUAGUUCAAAUAUUUCAAAUAUAUUUUAAAUAA